AUGACAUCCAAUGCCGGCCUUCUGGCUUGCUCUAACGAGGUGCUCACUAUGAUCUUCAGUGAUCCGGGUUUGCGCAGAAGGGAUCUCAAAUCUUUGCGGCGUACUUCUAAGGAGCUCUGUCCAGCCGCGACGAGAGAGUUCGCCAUGCGUUAUGUCGCCGACCCAGUUUUUGCACUUUCUCAGCACGGCUUACAACAAACUUCCUUCCUCGUGAUUGAUACUGACCUGGUCUUCUGUGCCAGCGCAAUUCCAAACUUAGACCUUCCCAUGACCACCUCCGAAGGCCUGCGUUCGCUCUCACUGCCCAAUGAGGCUUUGGCUAUGAUAUGCGCCGACAAUAUUUUAUCAGCAAAAGAUCUGGCGGCUAUGCGACUCACCAACAAGGAGCUUCACGUCAUUGCUACAAAGGAGUUCGCUCAACGAUAUUUCCGGGAUCCCUUCGUCGUGAUGUUGAAAGGCAGCCUGGAAACACUGGUGGAGAUCUGUGAACAUCCUGUCUUUGGACCACAUGUUCGCAAGAUUCAGCUGCUCAAC